AUGUUCCCUUCAGCCGCCUGCCUUCUUUUUGUUUCUUUGAUUGCUUCAGUGUUCGCUGACGAGCCUAUCGUCACUCUCAGCUAUGGGUCUUUCCAGGGUAAGACGAUAAACGAUGUCCUCGAAUUCCUGGGAAUACCUUUUGCUGUUCCUCCGGUUGGCAAGCUGAGGUUUGCCCCGCCGCAGAAUCCUUCGAAGAUUAAGGGAGUUCAACAGGCCACUGCUUACGGUCCAUUAUGCCCAUAUCUUCCUCCGGAGGGCAAUGCACCUGGCGGUGGAGGAACCCCCUCACCAAUGUCCGAAGAUUGUCUUCAUAUCAAUGUGGUUAGACCCGCCAGCAUUCCCUAUGGCAAGAAACUGCCUGUGGUCUUCUGGAUAUACGGAGGUGCUUUCCAGGUGGGCGACACCUCCCAAUAUCCCCUCGGCUCCAACAUCGUCCGUCGUUCGCUCGCCCUCAACGAGCCCGUGAUUUUCGUCUCUGCGAAUUAUCGGAUUAAUGCCUUCGGAUUCCUUGGUGGGCAAGAGGUUAAGGAUGCCAAGAUUGCCAAUGCUGGUUUGCGCGAUCAGCGCUUCGCUCUGGAGUGGGUCCAGAAAUACAUUGGCUCGUUCGGUGGCGAUCGCAAGAAAGUGACGCUCUGGGGAGAAUCCGCUGGCGCUAUUUCCGUUGGUCUGCAAUAUCUGUUGGACGAUGGCAAUGGUUAUCACCUCUUCCGCGGUGGCUUCAUGCAAUCAGGCGUGCCUAUUGUUCUCCCUGAUAUUUCGCGCCACCAGAGGUUCUUCGACCAGCUGGUCAGGGAGACUAACUGCACGGAGUCCACCGACAAGAUUACCUGCUUGCGCGCAGCCUCUUUCGACGAUCUCCAGGCCGCUAUUGGAACCCUGCCUGGCCUUUUCUCUUUCCAGAGUCUUGAGUUGAACUUCCAGCCAAACGUCGACGGUGAUUUGAUCAAACGCGAUCCCCUCACUUCAAUUAUCCAAGGACAAUAUGCCAAGCUUCCUUUUGUUACUGGAAACUGCGAAGAUGAGGGAACGCGAGCUGUUCUCGCUUUCUACCCUGAACCUCACUUCGAGAGGGCCACUGAUGCCCAAAUCGCCGCUCUCGCGAACGCCUACCCUGAUGAUGUCACCCAGGGCUCUCCUUUCAACACUGGCACCGCGAAUGCUCUUACUCCCCAGUUCAAGCGCUUCGCAGCCAUCCAAGGAGACAUCGCCUUCCAAGCCCCACGUCGCUUCUUCUCCAAGUUCGCCGCUAGGACUCAGCCCGCUUGGGAGUUUCGCUUCAUGGCUCGUGCCAAUCCUCCUCUCGGUUUCUUCCACGGCUCGGACGUAGGUGAAUUCUUCGGCGCCGUCCAGAGCACGAAAUUCAUCGGACUUGACGCUCUCAUUCACUUCGUCAACUAUUUGAACCCCAACGCGCCGGCCAAUUCAAUCAGCGCUACGCGUAACUUCACCUGGCCGCGUUGGACACCUUGGACACCCACCCAGUCCCUCUUCACCAUCAUUGAUGCUGAACCAGGCUUCAUUCUCACUGAGGACACCUACCGCAAGGAGGCGAUGGAGCUGUUGAAUGAGCUCACGAUCAACGAGAUUGGCAAUGGAAUUUAA